AUGUGGGGAGAGGUUCCAGCCACGAGUGCUGAACGACGGCUGUUGCUGAAGAUCGAUUGGUUCAUCCUAUCGUACUGCUGCUUGAUGUACUUCACGAAUUAUCUGGACAGGUCGAACGUGUCCAAUGCCUACGUAUCUGGCAUGCGAGAAGAUCUCAAAAUGUUCGGCACGGAGCUCAAUGACAUCACCACAGUGUUCACAUGCGGCUACAUCGUGGGCAUGAUCCCCAAUAACUUGAUGUUACAAGUUGUGCCACCGCGCAUCUGGUUCCCCGCGAUGCAGAUUGUGUGGGGAGUUCUCACUUUCUGCACUAGCGCGGUCACGACUGUGCAACAGCUUGAAGCCAUUCGGUUCUUCCAGGGCGUUGCCGAAUCCUCCACCUUCGUCGGCACGCAUUACGUACUGGGCUCAUGGUUUAAGCCUUCCGAAUUAGGCAAGCGGUCCGGCGUCUUCACCAGCUCAGGGCUCGCGGGAACGCUAUUCUCCGGCCUGCUACAAGCGGCGGUGUAUCGCAACCUGAAUGGGGUCGCGGGGCGCGCGGGCUGGCGGUGGUUAUUCAUUAUCGACGGUAUCAUCACCCUGCCCAUUGCGCUCUACGGCUUCCUAGUUUUCCCCGAUACCCCGACAACCACGACAGCAUUUUACCUUACGCAGGAGGAGCGCGCCCUUGCUAUUGACCGGCUCCGGGGCGUCGACAAGGAUCAGCAUCAUCUAUCAUGGUCCCUCCUGCGCAGGGUCCUGGGAAGAUGGAGGUGGUAUGCAUGCAGUCUGCUGUUCGCAAUUUCCGGGGAGACGGAGAGCAUCGGGUCCAAUAACUUGAUGGGUCAAUACCUGCGGGCUGUUGGUGGGUACACGGUUGAGAAGAUUGACAACUAUCCGUCCGGCGUAACCGCCGUUGGGAUCGUCUCUACCCUGGUCUGUGCUAUCUGGACCGACAGCACGCGCAGCCGUGCUCGGUGGCCUGUUCUGGUCUACAUGUCGGUUGCGUGUAUUAUUUCCGCAAUCUGCAUCCUCGUCUGGAGCAGCCCUACCGGAUUGAAAUUCUUUGCGUACUAUCUUUCUGGCGCGUCGUAUGCAGGCCAGGCAACGACGUUCGCUUGGGCGAAUCAGAUUUGCGCUGAUGACGCCCAAGAGCGAGCGGUCGUACUCGCUUCCAUGAACAUGUGGAAUAACGUGAUAAAUGCCUGGUGGCAACGCGUCUUCUACGCGGCGACGGAUGCCCCCCGCUUCAGGAAAGGAAUGAUCGCGAUGAUCGCGGUCAGCGCAGCGACGCUGCUCAUAACAUGGCUGGUUUGGUACCUAGAACGCCGUGAAACGAGGAUAGGCCCCAGCAGGAGCUUAGAGGCUGCCGAAACCGAGAUAGAUCCGCCACCGGACCAGGAGAAAAGAUUCCUCAAAAUCGGAUCGGCCGUUCUAAAAGAGAGUGGAUUGAAGGCGCUGGAUGGAUGAUGAUAGGCAUCAAUCCUGAUGCGAAAUAUGGAUGUCUUGCGUAUGAUAAGCUCUAUAGUACACUAUAUUAUACAGUUGCAAUUCUCUCUAGCGUCAAGCUGAGUGCACAGCAGAAUCAGCGUGCAUGAACACAAAGAACGUAACGAGCGAAUGUUGACGGUACUAGAGAUCGAAGCCUCGAUUAACUUGCUACAUGCGAAUUGUCAAUGGUCCUAGUUAUACAUACUCCGGAGCUUGAGAAGCGAUAGUUCAGCUCGCAUUGCGUUCGCGCGAUGGCGGGGUAUGUCAUAUGAGGUGGGUAACGUUUACGGGAGCAAGGAUCGGUUGAGGUACACCGUGAGGAGGUGCAGCCACUUCACUCGUUCGCGACCUUGAGCGUCUUGUUCUCGGUGCUGACCCUGGACGCGUACUCAUCCUUGCCGAACGUCUCAGGCAGCGGGCUCGGCAUUGGGAGAGCAGGCAUGGAUGGGUCCAAUUCUCUGGCGUGCGCGCUCUGCCGACGACCCACGCGGCCUCCCGGAGAGAGAGGCUCGCGCUCCGUGGGCGAGCUGUUGCCCAUGUUCGCGUUGAUGAGCGAGGUGCGCUGCACGGCGCUGCCGGCGGCAGGGGUGUCAAGGUUCUGCGGGCUGGGUGAGGACGGGAAGGCCAAGGUACGCGGGCUGCUGCCGGCGCCGAGAUGCGAAGGCGGGUUAGGCGUCGCAGUAAUGACGUUUAGCUGCGGCAGGAGCGCCCUUUGAGGGGGUUGGGGGUACGGGUUCUGGAUGGGAGGGGACUUCAUCGGGACGGGUGGCGCGUAAUUCUGAUACAGGUUCGGAUACUGGGUACCGGGAGCGGGAGCCCACUGGGGAUUGAUCCCAGGCUGGUAGAAGCCUUGGUUGGGCGGAGGGGCAGGAUAAUCUUGCUUGUACUGAUCCAUUUUCCUCUGGACUCCGUGAUCGACCAAGGUCGAGCCAGGGCCGUACCCCGUGGCGACGCUCUCCUCGCUGCCGUACUUCUCAAUGGAGCCGCGAGCCUUCUCCGCGUUGUCCUGUUCAUAGUACGCAUCCCGUCCAGCUCCUACGGACGUGUUUCCAGCGCUCAUACGCGUCGGAGAAGAUGAGCCACCAUGUGCGUUGACGUCCGGCCACACGAUAGCUUCGUCGUGCAACCGCUUCUGCCUCAGUCUCCGCAAAACGAACGCCAGGACGGACACAGCGAUACAGAGCGCGAUCAGACCGACCAGGGUGAGCACAGUAGCGGCCAAAGGUGUAUUCUGGAGAAAGGUCUUGUGGCUAGGGACUGGGACUGCAGUUGAAGAAGCGGUUCCCGAGGUGACCGCGUUCACGAAAGACGUGACGGUGUAGACCUGACCGUCGGAUGUCGUGGCGAAGGUCGAAGUUGCCUGCACUGAGGUGGGGGGUGGCGUCGUCUGAGCUUCGGAAGAGGACGAGGAAGUGGUGGAAACCGCGGACGAGCC